CGUGAUGAGCUCUUGCUGUUAGUAUCAAACUGUCGCUCUGUUCUAAACCAUGGGUUAUUAUUUAGCUCUGCUUGUUUUAUCAGUGAGUACUCUGGCGCAUUUCACUAACGCAUGUCAAUUUGGAAGCGAGGCCAUACAGGAAGUCUAUGAUCGAUUUGAAAUAUUCAGAAAAACGAAAGCAUUCGAUCCAACUGAUCCGAAAGUUCCAUUAAAACAAUAUCAAUUUUACAAUGACAACGGCAAUAGGAGAUUAGCUUUUGAAGUCAACGGAGUUUAUAUGUCGGAACAUUAUACCAUCGACGGCGAUAAUAAAAUUCAAACGAAAAAUGGACAGUAUCGUAUCGAUGACGGUGUGAUUCUCAAUUAUAAGCGUGACGAGAACGGUGAAUUUUCAUUUGAUGACUGGUCGAAACAUAAGAAAUUCCAAUCAUCACUACGGAGCAUCGAUGCUGAGCUACCAAGUGAUUUCGAGGAGGAUUACAAACAAGUUAUGGUUGACUUAAACGCAAUGAGAAAGAAAAUGUUCGACUUUCAAAAAGGACUUAGCCAAAAAGACGUCGAACGCGUUCAGUUGUUUGAGGUUUCUACACUUUCGAACGGUGGAUUCUAUACGCAAUAUAUCGACAAUGAUGGGGGAAGUUUAACCGUUUACAAGCAGAAUGAAAGCGACUCCAUUUCUGGGCGACUCUCGUGUCAUUAUAUGGACCAGAAAUACAAAAUUGUGGAUGGGAAGGUUGUUGCCGAUGGGGAACCCUUCGUUCCAGUAGUGUUAGAUUGAAUAACGUCGGUUCUACUUUUUAUGAGUGCAUUCAAUUAAUCAAUACAUUUUUUAAAUUGCAACACUG